AUGAGGUUGUUAAAUAGUGUUGUGGCAUUUUCUAAGGAUGAAAAACUUGAAACGAUUUUCAUUGCAAACACAAAUGGUCAUAAUAGUCUUUCAGUGGACACAGAUAAAAACAUAAAGGAAGAUUCCUUUGUUCACAAGGCAUUGGAAUCUGUAUUAAAAGCUUUUUACCAAGACACUGCAAAUAUAAAACUCAAAUGGUCAACUGAUGUUUUAGAAGCAUCUGCUAAUAGGAAAAAGAAGUUUGACCCAUCACUAAGAGGCAGAAUACCAGAUUUUUCUGUUAGCUAUUCUUACAAAAAUAGAAAAGUUGAUUUAUUAGUUGUGGAAGUCAAACCACCAAACAAGGUUUUCGCUGAUUUAGUUAAAUUGGGAAACGAACUAAAAGAUGUUCUUGAUAAAGCUGCUGAAGAUGGAAUUUGUUGUAAUAAUUUACGUGUAUGUGGAUUGUUAGUGGAAG